CUAUUGCUUAUGCUUAGAAACUGAUUGAAAGCGUACAAAGAAUACAUAAAAUACAAAAAAACGGGAGAAUUUAUGCACAAUAAAAAAAACAGAAAAAAGAAACAACAAUUUACAUGUGAAGUUCAUUGAGUAAUUGAGGAAGAGCAACAACAAAGCAAACACAGCAAAAUAUGUCAAUACGAACUGUGCCGGCUGAUAUGUGCUUCGCAUAUGAAACUCACACACAUACACACACACAAUCAAAUAUACAGCACAAGAAAUAGAAAAAUAUCCCAAAUAAAAUAAAUGAAAAGCAUUAACUGUAAACCGAGUGACGAGCGAAAUGCGCACGGAAAGCAUUUUUAGUUUAUCAGCAACUCAACGCCAGAAAGCAGCGGUGAAAUAUUGAUUUUGUGAUUUUGUGUUUCUCGGCGAAUAGCGAAAAUUUUGAUUAAUAAUUUAAUUAAAUUCUUUUUAAAUUUUAAUUGUGAAUUAAAUUAAUUCUUUCCGGAAAAGUUCUUAAAGCAGCGAAAAUUCGACGUACAAAAGGAAACAUGGCUUUGGGAACUUGCAUUUUGGGCAGCAUUUGUGUGGGCCUUGUCUGCGCACAAAUCGCACGCAGAGUUCUGCCAUGGCUGUAUUUGAACGUCUUUGGCCCCACUUUAUUCGGGCCAAAGGUCGAUUUACGCCGGCUGGGCGAUUGGGCUGUUGUCACGGGCGCCACCGAUGGAAUUGGAAAGGCGUACGCCAAAGCGGUAAGUUUCGGUAUCAUUGAUUCAUUAAUUUCUCAAUCCACUUGA